AUGUCUGAAACUACCUUCCAAGUUCACAACGACAAAUUCCACUCCAUCCUGGGCCACUCCCCAACCCUCCAACUCUUAUCUCAAAAUGACACAUACCCCUUCGCCCACGAAGCAGGCAUCUACAUCCCAACCACAAAUCACCUCUUCAUAACCAGCAACCGAUACAACGACAGCAACAACAACCAAAAGAUCCAAAUCACCCGCAUCGACCUAUCAACCACCCCAGUAACAUGCGAAGAACUCGAAACCCCAAUCCCAAUGGGUAACGGCGGCGUAAACUACAGCCCCAACGAAAUCCUAAUAUGCGGCCAAGGAACCCUAACCGAGCCAAGCGGAUUGUACACCAUGUCAACAACAGCGCCGUACAUGUCCAAGUUACUCGUAGGUGAUUUCUUAGGCCGGCCGUUCAACUCGGUCAAUGAUGUCGUCGUGCAUUCCGACGGGUCGAUCUGGUUUACGGAUCCAAUUUAUGGAUUCGAGCAGGGGUAUAGGCCUGCGCCCGCGUUGCCGUGUCAGGUCUAUCGCUUUGAUCCGGUUGAUCGUAGUAUUCGCGCUGUUGCUGAUGGGUUUGGGAGGCCGAAUGGGGUUUGUUUUUCGCCUGAUGAGUGCACCGUUUAUGUUACUGAUACCGAUCGGCACCAUGGUGAUGGGACGGAUGAUCCGCAUCGAGUUUCUUCUAUUUAUGCUUUUGAUCUGUCGGUUUAUCAUCGCCAGCCGUUCCUUACUAAUCGUCGGUUGUUUGCUAUGACUGAUAAUGGCAUUCCCGAUGGGAUUAAGUGUGAUCUUGAGGGGAAUGUUUAUAGUGGGUGUGGGGAUGGAAUUCAUGUUUGGUCGCCUGGUGGCGUUCUCCUUGGGCGCAUUAGGAUUGAUGGUGGGUGUGCCAACUUUUGUUUUGGCAAGGAUGGUGAGAUCUUUGCUUUGAAUGAGCAUCGGCUGUGGAGGGUUCAGUUGGGGAGUCAUGUUAAAGGUGCGUUGCUUGGGAUUUAA